GUCAUAAUGGAUCUCAAAUUAAAUAUGAAUCAAUGUGAUGUAGUGGCUAAAAAGGCUAAUAUUCCAGGUUAUAUUAGUGUGAAUGUUGUAUGUAAGGCACAGGAGGUAAUUGUCCCGAUCUACUUAGCCUGGGAGACCUCAGCUGGAGCACUGUUUUCAAUUCUAGGUACUGCACUUUAAGAAAUAUGUGUACAAAUUGGAAAGAGUCCAGAGGAGAGCAUUAAAAAUGAUAAAAGGUUAAACUAGGUAUUUUUAGUUUUGAGAAGAGACGACUGAGGUGGGACCUGAUAACAGCCCUUAACAUAUUUGAAGCGUUAUCAAGUGGAUGGCGAUCUGCUGCGCUCUAUGUCCACUAAAAGUGGGACAAGUAGUAAUGGGUUUAAUCUGCAGGAAGAGAGAUUUAGGUUAGAUAUUAGGGAAAACUUUCUAACUAUGAGGGUAGUUAAGCUCUGUAACAAGCUUCCAAAGGAGGUUGUGGAAUCCCCUUCAGUGGAGGUUUUUAUGAACAGGUUGGACAAACACCUGCCAAGAACGUUCUGGUUUACUUGGGCCAACCUCAGUGCAAACUGGGGGUUCGACUUGAUGGCCUCUCAAUGUCCGUUCCAGCCUUUCAUUUCUGUGAUAGUCCAGAUGGUCAUGAAAACAAAGAGCAUGAGAUAAUUUAUUUAGAUGUAGUCCCUACCUGUGGGAGAGUUUAAGAACCCCUCCUGUAUGACAAAAAUGGACCCAAACAUGCUUUUGUCUCCUGAACAUUAGAUGUUGCCAUUGGGCCAAAAGCAUCUCUGUAAACCACACUUUAUUAAUAUACCUAAAAUGUAAAAACUAAAACAAACUUUCCCUCAAACAUAUUAAAAGAUAAUAGUUUAUGAAUGGAAUCAGAUUAAUUGACAAAAUACUUGUGACAUUUCAACUUUAUAGCAUUAUCUCCCAAAUGAAUUAGAAAAUAUAUAUUAUUCCCCCAAACAUUUAGGGGGAGAAUUUUCAAAGACCAAAAUGGCAGGUAGGUGCAAAAUGAAAGCCUUUGAACAUCCUCCCCAUCUUGGGUACCAAAUCUGCCUUCUGUUACAUAUAUGAAACGUCUAUUGAAAGAUUAUUUAUAGGAAUUGUACCAGGCUAACUGAAAGCAAAAUUUGAGUCUCUAAGGGUUUAUGAUUUUUAUACCUAUAAUUUUGUUAUGCAUUUCACAACAUAUCAAACAUAGGAUGUCUGUUUCCCAUAAGAUACAUGUUUUUACUAGUUUCUCUUGUAUGUGCAGUCAUUGUCUCAAGUUUUCUGCGCAUGAACAUUUUUCAGUUUCUAAAUCUAUAAGGAUCCUUCCACUUCCUCCAGAUGUUAUUCUGCUUGCCUGCUAUGUAUGGGAAGCCAGACCAUUUUCCAUAACCCUGUGGACUGUUUAAGUGUUCUACAAACGAGAGCUGCUAAUGAGCUUUGUUUCAAGCAUAUGUGUUCAUAUGUCAACACUUUUGCAUAUGUCAGAAGGUUAAAAAUGGAAACAUUUUUUUCCUUUAAGAAAACAGACACCCAAAUAAGGAGAUGACUGAGCACUUAAGAUUCCCCUAGUGAAUCGCUUCCAGCUUGUUCCUUAGAAAGGCUUCACGUGAAAGGUCGGGUGGGGGGGGGGUGCACCAGGGAUUUGGGCUGCAUCCAAAAUAUUGAGUAAGUGUCUUUGAGACUUUAAAGCUAACUACAACCAUUCAAGGGUUCAUUGCGCUGCACACCUAGAGCAGUGCUCUACUACUUUCUCUACCUAUUUUUAAGACUGUUUACUACAAGUUUGUUCUUGCAAAGCUUUUCUUCUCUUGUGUGUGAGAGACACAACCCCAUCCUCCAGCAAAAAUGGAAGCCAUCAAGAAAAAGAUGCAGAUGCUGAAGCUAGAUAAGGAGAAUGCAAUUGAUAGAGCUGAACAGGCUGAAGCAGAUAAAAAAGCAGCUGAGGACAAGUGCAAACAGGUAGAGGAUGAGCUGGUGGCACUGCAGAAGAAGUUAAAAGGAACUGAAGAUGAACUGGAUAAAUACUCAGAAGCUCUCAAAGAUGCUCAGGAAAAACUGGAACAGACUGAUAAGAAGGCAACAGAUGCAGAAGGUGAAGUGGCAGCUUUGAAUAGGCGUAUUCAGCUGGUGGAAGAGGAGCUGGAUCGUGCCCAAGAACGUCUGGCAACAGCCCUGCAGAAACUAGAGGAGGCAGAGAAGGCAGCAGAUGAAAGUGAGAGAGGUAUGAAGGUUAUUGAAAACAGAGCAAUGAAGGAUGAAGAAAAAAUGGAAAUUCAGGAGAUGCAGCUGAAAGAGGCUAAGCAUAUUGCUGAAGAGGCUGAUCGCAAAUAUGAAGAGGUUGCGCGUAAACUGGUCAUUUUGGAGGGUGAACUAGAGAGAGCCGAGGAACGUGCUGAGGUGUCAGAACUAAAAUGCAGCGACCUUGAAGAAGAACUAAAAAAUGUCACUAACAACCUAAAGUCCCUGGAGGCUCAGUCUGAGAAGUACUCUGAAAAAGAGGAUAAAUAUGAAGAAGAAAUCAAGCUUCUCUCUGACAAACUCAAGGAGGCUGAAACACGUGCUGAGUUUGCAGAAAGAACAGUUGCUAAACUGGAAAAGACUAUUGAUGAUCUGGAAGUUCCCCUAGCUCUUGCACCUGAAGCCAUGUGACUCUAACAGACUGGACUAUUAUCUACUGUGGAUCACGUGACCAAUCUCCAGGGCAAGAAAAGAAAUAUAAAGCAGGAAAUGUGGGGUGAGCUGCAGCCAGAGUCCAGAACAAGACCAAGAAGACAGAGGACAGGAGAGGAGUUUUCAUUGCAGAGAAGGAGGCCAGAGAAAUCACUAGAAGACCAUUGAAAUGAUGAGGCAAACUCUAGGAAACCUCUAGGAUUGCAAAACCAGCUCCUUGAACUGAUGACAAAGCAGUUUUGCUGGAGACCCUUAGAGUGCCAUGUUCCUACCCAACACUACAGUCACAUCCCAGACAUAUCCUGCAGCCUGUGGACAAAACUGCUUCCUGAGAGCAGCACCUGCACGUCCCAGAAUUCCAUCAGCACUUUCCUCCACACACCACAUCCCAGAAGAGUGAAAAUACUGAAUUUUGGGAACCCACCUUCAUCCCCACAACUAUAAACAAUGGCUUCUGCUCUCACCAUUCCACAUAUGAAGGGAAAGAGCACCCAGAAAUCCUGUACAAUCAUGUUUACUCUGCACUUACACGCAGGCUGUCCACGUAUCUGCAGAGUUUAAAAAUGAGCAUUUUUUCAAAACUCAACAUAUUUUAUUGAGCUUAAUUUGCACUGUAUUAUUGUUUGUUACCAGGGUUACAAAUUGGGACAGAUUUAUUAAAUUUAUUUUUUUUCAUUAUUUCAUGUUUGUUAAAGUUUUGCUUGACAAAAGCUCAAAGUUUAAUAAAAUUUUUCAAAUCUCAAACACAAAAUCAACUUUUAGCAAACU